UGUAUUCCCGCGAUCUGAGUAGACGACAGGAGAACAAAUUCGUUCUGGAAAAUCGCAGUUUUCACAGGAAAUAUCGACAAAAUGAGUGAAUUUUCUUCAAAACUUGAGAAAGUAGCAAGCAGUAUUCAUAAAUCUGUGGAAUUAACAGUUCUAAAUCUCACAAAUGAAGAUGAUUUUGUAACGCAGUCUAAAUUAACCUACACUUAUCUGAUGAAAAUCCUCUCAAGCCAUGAAUUGGAUCAUCAAGCUUAUGUAAAAUGCAUUGAUCAGUGUAAGAGUAAUCCAUAUGCUGCAACCUUCGAAAAGGAUUUUCGCAAUUUAACCCGGAAUAUAACCACUGAUGUUAAGGAUUCCAAGAGGUACAAGGAUUUUGAAAAGUUUGUAGAUGCUGCCUAUAAGAGAGAUUUGGGAGAAGCAUCAACAUCCAGCGAGGGUAUGACUGUAACAGAAUCUCUUCAGCGAACUGAUCCGUUUACAAAGAAGCCCAUCGUGAAUCCUGUCAGGCAUAAGGUUUGCAACCAUGUUUACGACAAAGACAGCUUGGCGAAUAUUAUCAAACUGAAUGCCAGAGUUAGAUGUCCUUAUGUUGGCUGUACAAACAAGGAGCGUCUCAGGAUGGUUGACGUUGUGCAAGACGUUGGAAUGAGGAUUCGUCUGGCAACUGAAGCAGAGAGCAACGAUGACGAGAGCGACAGCGAUUGACUGAUCAGAUUCAUAUAUUCCACAUCAGUGUCUCUUUUAAUGAUCAUCUUCGAGUUCACGGAGACUUUCAGGGAACAAUUCAAAGACACUUUUACUUCUCUUCAUGUCGGUUAUAAGGAAUUCACCGCCAGUUCUACAAGGAAUCUUUUGUAAGUUCUCUCAUUUUCAAUGAAUUCAUAAAAAAAAAAUAUUUUUCAUAUUA